GUUUUCUUUUCGGCAAGCGUCUCUUCUCUUACAUGGUCGCAUCUCUUUGUGUAGAUUGCUAGAACCAGAUACACAAUUGAAACGAGUUUCGAUCAAUGGAAAUGUUCGCUUACUGAUUUAGGGUUUAGAUUUUAGUUUUGUGAAGUAAGUUUUCUCCUUUUCGUAAAUUGCUAAUCUCGAAGAAGCUCAGAAUCGAGCCUGAAAAGCUAUGUACAGAGCUCUGUGGCUUUCUCCAUUGCGAUUUAUUGUGAGCUCGUCGUCGUCAAAGUUAACGCCUUACGUAUCUCGGGGACGAGGACUAAGUGGAAUCGAUAAUGGGGCUGGUUGUUCUUGUUCUCGUAGUGUCACAACAUUGAUUGGUAAUGAAUUCAUCCGAUGCCAAGAUGAGUCAAAAAUCUUACAGGUGCAGAUUGUUGAUGCACUUCGUUCCGGAGAGAGGCCUGGAGCUUCAGCUCUGCUUUUUCAGUUUAUACAGGGGAAUUAUUCACUUAGUGCUCAUGAUUUUCAUGAUAUUCUACAUUAUUGUGCUCGAUCACCGGAUCCUGUGUUUGUCAUGGAGACUUACAGUGUAAUGUGUAAGAAGGAAAUUAGUCUGGACAGCAGAUCUUUGUUGUUCAUUGUACAAUCCCUUUGUAAUGGGGGGCACUUGGAUAAGGCAUCAGAGUUUAUUCACGCUGUCGGAGAAGAUGAUAGUAUCUCUCCUAUUCUGCCCGUUUAUAACUAUUUUCUUGGCGCCUGUGCAAAAACGAGAAGUGUAUAUCAUGCUAGUAAAUGUUUGGAAUUGAUGGAUCAACGGAGAGUAGGGAAGAAUGAAAUAACUUAUGCAGCACUUCUCAAGCUUGCAGUUUUUCAGCGCAAUCUAUCAGCUGUCAAUGAUAUCUGGAAACACUAUGUCAACCACUAUAGCCUGGAUAUACUUCCUCUCAGAAAAUUCAUAUGGUCCUUUACGAGGCUAGGGGAUUUGAAAUCAGCAUAUGAAUUAUUGCAACACAUGGUGGAUCUAGCUUCAAGAGGAGAGCUCUUUGUUAAAUCCAACAGAGGAAAAUUGCAUUCCACGACACUGGAUAUUCCUGUACCAGCAAAAGGUGAAACAGGAUCAGAGAAAGUUGCUUUUGGAGUAAAUGAUCACAAUGUGGAGUACAAUUCGUCUUCCAAAGUGGCUUUGCCGAAAGGUCACAACAAAAUCCCUGCAACUAGGGUCCUCAGGUGGUCGUUCAAUGAUGUGAUUCAUGCAUGUGGACAAUCUAAAAACUCUGAGCUAGCGGAGCAGCUAAUGCUUCAGAUGCAAAAUAUUGGGUUGCUACCAUCAAGCCACACAUAUGAUGGUUUCAUUAGAGCUGUUGCAUUUCCAGGAGGAUAUGAAUAUGGCAUGACACUGUUGAAAGUAAUGCAGCAGCAGAAUCUGAAACCAUAUGAUUCAACUCUAGCUACGGUGUCAGCCUAUUGCAGUAAAGCCUUUCAAGUUGAUUUAGCUGAACAUCUGCUGGAUCAAAUAUCUGAAUGCUCGUACGCAUAUCCUUUUAAUAACCUUCUUGCUGCAUAUGACUCCUUGGAUCAACCAGAGCGUGCUGUCCGAGUUUUGGCUAGAAUGAAACAGCUAAAACUGCGUCCAGAUAUGAGGACCUAUGAACUGCUCUUUUCCUUAUUUGGUAAUGUAAAUGCACCAUAUGAAGAGGGCAACAUGUUGUCCCAAGUAGACUGUUGUAAAAGGAUUAAUGCUAUAGAAAUGGACAUGGUGAGAAAUGGUUUUCAGCACAGUCCUAUCUCAAGGCGGAAUGUGCUUAGAGCCCUCGGAGCUGAAGGUAUGGUGAAUGAGAUGAUCCGACACCUGCAAAAGGCUGAAAACCUCAAUGUUCACAGCAAUAUGUAUCUAGGAACGCCUACAUACAACAUAGUUCUUCAUUCACUUCUUGAGGCAAACGAAACUGACAUGGUGAUCAAUAUAUUCAAACGUAUGAAAUCAUGUGGCUGCCCUGCAGACGUUGCUACCUACAAUAUAAUGAUUGAUUGUUGCAGCAUUAUUCACUCGUAUAAAUCAGCUUGUGCCCUAGUUUCCAUGAUGAUCCGUGACGGAUUUUCUCCAAAAGCUGUUACGUUUACUGCUCUGAUGAAGAUUUUGUUGAAUGAUGGGAAUUUCGAGGAGGCACUCAAUCUCUUGGACCAAGCUGCAUUGGAAGAGAUACAUCUUGAUGUCUUAUCAUACAACACCAUUUUGCGUAAAGCAUUCGAGAAGGGAAUGAUUGAUGUGAUUGAGUACAUAGUGGAGCAAAUGCACCGAGAGAAAGUGAAUCCAGAUCCAACGACAUGCCAUUAUGUUUUCACUUGUUAUGUGGAAAAAGGGUAUCAUGCAACAGCUAUAGAAGCUUUGAAUGUUCUGAGCUUAAGGAUGCUCAACGAAGAAGACAAAGAGAGUCUUCAGGAGAAGAAAAUAGAGCUUGAGGAAAAUUUCGUCAUGAGCGAAGACCCUGAAGCCGAAACAAAGAUAAUAGAACUGUUCAGGAACUCUGAGGAGCAUCUUGCUGCAGCACUUCUAAAUCUAAGAUGGUGUGCGAUGCUCGGGGCCCGGAUUAUAUGGUCGGAAGACCAAAGCCCCUGGGCCAGAGGACUCUCUAACAAGUAUGGUUAAUAUGUAGAAUGGGAAGUGUUCAUUGUUCGUGAAUAAGAGCGGUUUUGGUCUCUUCCUCUUUGCUGUUGAUUCUCUGCCAUUUCAUGGGAGCUGGUGAUUCUAGUACAAACUGGUGAUUCUAGUUGGUGACGUAACCGUUCUGGAGGUCACCAAUCAACCAGAUGAUCGAUACGUUUUGGUGGUUCAUUGAGACGAUUUGAUGAAACGGAUCAGCAAUACGGUUGAAACACCUAAAAACAAGGCGACAUGAGAACGAACCAUCAAAUGCGAUUGAGUUUGUUAUAGUUAUGUUUUCUGACAAUGAAUUUAACAUAAUUUUUUAAAGGUAACAAGUGCAAUGCAUAUGAUGAUAUAUUGAAACUUGAUAACUUAAAACAAAGAAGAGAAUAAUUACUGUGAAAACAUAAAGGACAGAUGGAAACGACAGAAACAAACGUAAUAAUGUUACAA